GUAAGGUCUCGGUACCGACAUCGAUGCUGAUCUCCGAGCACCCAUCUUGUGAAGACUUUCAAAACCGUCCCUGAUAGAAUGAAGCACGCAAAAGAUUUGCUGCUGCUGGCCGUUUGCCUGUCCGGGGCUUUGGUUGGGGCAGCGACGGCGGACCUCAGCGCUCAGCUGCAGGAACUGAGCCCCUCCGUGGCGACGCUGACGUCGAUGGAGAGCAGGCUGGCAGCAACCGAACAAACGGUGCAAGAUCAGGAGAAACGCGUUACGGAGCUGAGAUCAGAGCUGGACGCGGCCAAGGCGGACUUACUCCACUACGAGGAGCAGGUGAAGGAGAUGCAAAAACAGCUGGAAGAUCAACCUAAAGUGGCUUUUUCUGUGGCUUUGAAUGGAAACGUGGGGCCCUACAAUGUAGAAACAAUACUGGUCUAUCCAAAGGUUAUGACUAAUGUCGGCAAUGCAUACAGCACAUUUACAGGAUUUUUCACUGCCCCCGUCGCGGGUGUGUACUUCUUCUCGUUCAACGCCAUGGAUGAUUGGAAAAGACGCCACAUGGGUGCAGCAUUGUACAAGAACAACGAGCGAGUGCUUCUCAACUACUCCUGGAAUCACUGGGAUGACCAUGAGCAUGUGGCCAACAGCGUGGUCUUGCAGCUCUCCAGUGGGGAUGCUGUGAGCAUGCGUCUUCCUGCACACUACCAUGUCACUGAAUUCGGUGCACACAACUUCAACAUUUUCAGCGGUUUCCUUCUUUUUGCUCAGUAGAAACACCUUUGCAGAAAGAGAACACCCUUACUUUGCUAAAAGUCUGUGUGGAAAAGUUGCAUGGAAACUGUGCAACGUGACGGGAAGUUGCUGUUAAAAUAAAGCUGAACA